AUGGAUUUUUACAAACUUAACGAGAUUGAAGACUGGGCGUGUAUAAAGGUUGUAAAGUAUUACCGUGCGAACUCGGGACAAAAAACUUGGACAAAAGUACUUGACAAAAUAAAAAAGGAUCUCCAAAUUGUGGCAUCAGACCCAGCCUUUGACGCGAGACGCAAAAGAAAAGCUCAGGAAAUUAUAGACAGCUGGAAGAUUUGGACCUCCCCGAUGAAAAGGAAUGGUUCGCAGUAUAAUCUUAAGUAUCAGAAGGUGGAGCAACAAGUGCUUGCGACUGGAAAUGCUGUGUCUGUCGAUAAUCGUCGUAUAAUCGAAAAACGUCGACAAGAAGAUCAAGAUGAUAGAGAGGAAACAUUGGACGAAAGAAAUAAAACUCCAUUGACACAGAAGAAAAAGUGUAAAACUGAAUCCGAAAAUAGAACAAAAAGUGGGAGAACUGUUGUUCCGAAUUAUAGUCAUUUUUAUGGCGAAUCGAUAACAGAUGACGAUGCUUCUGAAAAUUCUUCUUCUAGUAGUUUAGAUGAGCUAAACGAUGAGUUGGUUACUCAAAAGAACGACCACUUUGAUGAAAAUCAAGAUAUUCAAAUUGACAAUCAAAACUCUUCAACAUUAACAGCUUCAAGUACCAUUGAAACAGAUGUGGAAUCAAAUCAGAAAUCGUUAAAAGAUCUGCUUGGUGGCAAUCUUUAUUGCUCAGAAAAUAUGAAAUCCAUCUGCCAAUACCAUGAUACACUAUAUCCUGAUGAAAAUUUAAUAGACUUACGGCCAAAUUCAAACUAUUUCAAGAAACUUCCUUUCAAAAUUCUGGAACCAUAUUUUAAAGAGCUUGACGACAAAAUUGAAAAUUUAAUUCCACUAAAUAUUCACGAAUUCCUGAUAGAGUUUUUUCAUCAAGAUUUGACCAGCGAGGAAUGGCACAUCAAGAUUGAUGAUCUACGCUGUUUAGAUCAAAAUGAUUGGCUAAUGGUAUCUGUUAUACGAAUUUUGCGCAGAACACUACCUCCAUUCAUCAUGGCGUUUUCUAUGGGAGCUCGAAAUCCACUACUUAACUUAGCUACAUUAGAAAAACCACAUUUAAACUCUUUUGUCCACCCAUGUCUACAGGCGUCUCUUUGGUAUAUUUCAGCAAUAUGCUAUGAAUUCGGAGAAAUUGGAUCAAAAAAUCACGUAAAACGUGAAUGCGCCGAUGGCGUAGGACACCUAAAUACUGCUGAUAAAUUUCAGCUAGUUUAUAUGGAAGGCUCAAGAAUAAAUGCUAAAAAUGACAAAGAAAUAACGGAUGCCUCCAAAAUAUCUAAUAACCUUCAAACCAUUUUUAUAAAUAUAAUAAAAGAUAACAUAAAAUGUAGACGCAGAUUUCCCAAAACACUUGCUGUUUUCGGUGGGCAAAGUUUCCGCCUUAGAAUUCACCUACAAUUUUUAAACUAUUGUGAAGGAAAGUUCUGUCUGAAUGAAGUGGAUAAUGCGAAUCUUCCACGUGACUUCACAGAGAUGGCGGACUUUGUGUUCUUUUAUGAAUGCGUGAUAAAGUGGGCCUUACUGGCUCGGGAAGUAAAGGAAGGUUUCGAAAAAUCAAGGUCCCAACAAAGGCCUUCGAGACUCUCCUACAUUAAUAGCUUGAAUGUAGUGAAUACUCUAUAA